CAUCACGGACUAAACCUCUGUCCAAACUGUCCUCCCCUUCUCUGUCGCGCCUCGCCAAGUCGUGAGAGCGCAAGAAGAUUUCGCCACUCUCUUCUCUCUCUAGCGCGGCUUAAAUUCGCUUUUUAAUUCCACUACCAAGGUCAAUAAGCACAUCCAAACUGGCACUGGUGCUGGGAAAUCAAACAAGGCACAAGGUCGGGGGAAAGUCCAGAACACACACAACCGAAUAGCUGUGACUCAAAGGUGCACCAUGGGAAAUAGGAUCAGCAGGAGACGGGACACCGCACCGGCCGAGCAGAAGGCUGCAGAGGAGGCAAACGCCACGCAGGAAGCUGUGGUGGAGGCAGUAGCCGAGGUGCCAGUGGUGGUUGCAGAGGCGACUGAACCAGUAGUAGAAUCAGUACCAGAGCCAGCAUCGGUACAGGAGGCUGAGCCAGAGACCCCCAAGCAGCCAGAGACAGAGCCCCCAUUGGAGGAGCUGGUGAGCGCCCCACUGGUAGACCUUACAUCAAAUCCAGAACCAGAGCCGGCCCCAGCACCGCCCGCCGAGCCUGAACCCAAGCCCCUGGUGUCAGUCAGCGAACCAGAACCAGAGCCAGUCGUCCCAGUCCAAGAGCCAGUCCUAGAGCCAGAACCAGUCAUCCCAGUCCCAGAGCCAGUCAUAGAACAGGAGGCUGUCCCAGAGCCAAACCUCUCCCAGGAGUUCCUCCCACAGCCAGUCUUUCCAGAGUUCCUCUCCCCCGCCCCUCUUCUGGACCUGGGUGUCACUGAGCUGACCCCUGAGCCCCUCGAUGCUCCCCCCUCCCACAGCCCUGCCCCAGACCUGCCCACAAACCUCCUGGCGGAUGCAGAAUGCUAUGAUGAAAACAUAAAGGCUGCCUGUAAUUCUGUCUCCAUCACGGAAGAGCCUAAAGAAUCCCUGGAGACGCCAGCGAGCAUGGCGCAGCAGCUUCUGUGUGACGUCAUGGGCAGCGAGCUGAGCAAGGCGGACUCUUAAAGCACUUAGACCUGAUGGCCGAUGACAUCAUGGUCAAUGAUGUCAUAGCAGACGACAUUACGGAAGGCGACAGCGAGAUGUCCACUGAGCUGAUGUGGGAUGCUGGAUGGAGAAAAAAAAAAAAAACACGGAGGAAAAAAAAAACAGGACAAUGAUGUUCUGAAAAAGGCAGAAGAAGCAAAAAAACACAACAAAAAAACACAUGUUGAUCUGAGAAGGCUAAAGGGAAAACUAAGCAGCUUCUUAAGGAGACAGUGAAGUAGCACUCAGAUAAUCUUUUGAGACCUGGGGUGUAUUCACUAGGAACCAAACAGAACCAAGCGGACGCAAACGGAAUGAAACUGGGUGGGACCUACCUGAAUUUGUCCAAUAGAAACUAUUUUUUUCUUGCAGAACGCUUUCCGUUUGGAGUAAAUAGUUUCCGUUGCAAAACGUUUCGGACUAAUGAUUAGACCCCAGUUAAUAUGGACAUGCCUUUCUGUGUGGGUGUAGGUUGACUAAAGGGAUGUGUGGUGAUUGGUGGCCAGGGCAGGAGAGUGAGUACCCAUCAUCACCCUCUGAGCCAUAUAGACAUAACACUGCAUAGCAGAACACUUACAGUAACUAUGUAUGACAAGAUGUUUGCCUUUGUGUACGCCUGAUGAAUUGUAACGACGUUUGAAAUCGGCCUAUAUGCUAUGAUGUACACUCAUGCUUGGACUCUCUCACAAUCUUUCCUCUUUAACUCUGUGAAACUGAAGUGACCUUAUUAUAUUUUCUUGAUGGUGAGAAGUGGUUAGGGGGAAUGUAUUCUUAAAGGUGAUGGUCUGGUUGUGAAAAUAAAAUAAGAUUGUUCCACCUUGAA